AAAUAAAAAAUAAAAAAAAUUGUUGCCUCGCCGAGAAAAUAUUAACGUGUUUUUAUAUAUAUCAGAAUUUAAAAGUGGAUGUACAUUCUAAUUUUACUAGAUAUAGAUUAGCUAGCAGCAAUUUUUGGAUUAAUCCAUGGCGGCUAGAGGCCUCCUCGCGCCCUUCCACUUUCACUACAAAUUCACGGCGGCGCCGCCCGUUCCUACCUGCAUUUCGUGGCUCCAAAAAACCUCCCUGCGGCGGCGGCGCCGCCAUGCUCGCUUUUUCUGCAGCCACCGCCGGCCGCCAGAAACGGACAUUUCCAGCUACCGACUUCAGUUUGCUCAGAAAAUGGCGAUGGCCGGUCUCAACCCCAAUCACCGCAUCGCAAUUGCUGUGUCUGGCGGUCCUGAUAGCAUUGCUCUAUGUGUAUUAACUCUUGAGUGGAAAUCUGGCAACUCUAAUGCUGCUAACAAAGGAAGAAGCAAGGCCAUUGAUGGCCUCUUAGCAAUUGUUGUUGAUCAUGGGUUGCGAACAGAAAGUGCGGAGGAAGCAGAUCUUGUUCGCGAUCGAGUUUUAGAUAUGGGAAUCAAAUGUGAAGUUGCUUCCUGCAAAUGGUUGGACGGGAAACCCAAGCUCGGUCACUUGCAAGAAGCUGCUCGGGAUAAAAGGUGGUAUGAAACUUUACAGAAAAUAUGUAUCGAUCAGCACAUCGGAGUACUAUUGGUUGCACAUCAUGCAGAUGACCAGGCAGAGCUUUUCAUUCUCCGACUAUCUAGAAACAGUGGUGUACUUGGGCUUGCCGGUAUGGCUUUUACUUCUCAAAGGUUUUCUGAGUUUCCUGACUUUAGUGGAAAAGAAUCAAAAGCUCAUAGCGUUUUAUUGGUGAGACCACUUCUAGAGUUUUCAAAAGAAGAUAUGUAUAAUAUAUGUCGAGGUGGACAUCAACAAUGGGUUGAAGAUCCGACGAAUAGGAGUCCCCUAUAUGUUCGCAAUAGGAUCCGGAUGUCAUUGAGUAACAUGUCAUCUGUAUUCAAGGCAGAGUUGCAAGCUACUAUAUCAGCAUGUCGAAGAACACGGAUGCAUGUUGAGAAACUCUGUCGCCUCUUGCUGAAUCAGGCUGUGACAAUCAUGCCUCAUGGAUAUGCGGUGAUUGAUCUAGGAAUUCUCCAUUCGAUGCCAGCCAAGGACAUUUAUGUUGCAAAAUUUGUUACUCUAGUGGUGCAGUUCAUAUCACAGAGGCAAAGGCCAGUUCGAGGGAAUGGAUUGAAGUUGCUACUAAACUACCUUCAUACUACCCCGUGCAAGGCUGCUCUCACUGUAGCUGGUUGUUACCUCUGUCCAGCUCCAGGAUCCAAAGGAACACGUGUCCUGGUAUGCUGCUCUUCUGAUUCGUCUUUGCAUUUGGCGUUGAAGCUCUUUAGCCAGAACUGCUAUGAGUCGAGUGAGUUAGAACAGAUUCCAUUGAAAAUCGAAGAAAAUGCAGACAAAUCAACGCCAGACCCUUCUAGUAUUCCAUUCUUAGAUGCAAUGUCCUCUGAGGCUGUCCUGAUCGAAGCUAAAACGCGUGGCAUUCUUAGCAACUCCUCCCAUGAGACUAUUGUUUCUUUGCAGAAGCAAGAAAGUGAAAAUUUCAAGUCAGUGGUUGAAGGUACCUCUGACCAUACAUCGGAACAUAGCAUAUCAGCAUCGAGCAAAUUAAUUCGUCCCGGGCAAGUGGGGUACUUCAUGAAUAGAUUUCUACUGGACUGGAAUGUGCCGGACGUCUCUGUCGACAAGCUGGGUGGGGAAGACCAGUGCUCGUGCAGUCUGUGCAUAUUUGGUGAUGAGAUGGUGGCCGAAGUGCGCUGUAUGGUAGAUGCCGAUUGGAUGUAUCUUCAUGAUUUGUCCAAGACGACGAAAAUGGGAGAUUCCUCCUCAGAAAAUGGCGCCGUGGGAAUGAAUUAUGCUAGAUCAUCAGCUAGUAGAGCCCUGGCAACUUUGAAGUUGAUUCCAGUUGCUGCGCGACGAGCAUUGCCUGUUCUUGUGAAUGCCGAGGGAGUUCUACUAAGCGUUCCGAGCAUCGGCUUCUCACAAUGCCCCCAUUUGAAGGCCUCUGCUGUUUUUAGUCCUAGGAUACCGCUAGGUGGAGGGCACUCCUCGUUUUUAUAGUGUGGAGCAAACCAUUCUCUUUCUCUCUCUCUGCGGAAUAGGACUCUUUUCUUGUCAAAUUUAGAAAGAAAACGGUUUAUCUUAUUGUCAUUCUUAGAUAUGUGUAUAUACAUACCUAUGAAUUGUUGCCUUAUUUCAAAAUUUAAAUAUACGGGUUGUCUUUCUA